AUGAAUUCUGAUGAUUCUGACACUGACGGAAGCCAACAUAAUCAAUCAAGAUUUGGGCCAAAAAAAAAAUCGUAUUCCCACAAAUUUUGUAGUGAAUGGCUGRAARAUAAAAAUUUUCGUUUAUGGCUUGCACCUAGCAAAAAAUCUCAGCUUCAUUUUCAUUGCAAAUUUUGCAAUGAUGAUAAUAAAGGUGGUAAAUCUGCGGUCCGUAAACAUAUGAACACUUCUAAGCAUCAACGGGCAGCAAAGUCAAUACAAAAUGUGCAUUCCAUCGAAUCACAUCUUGGCAAAGCUACUACAAUAGAAAAAAAAACUAAAGAGGCUGAAAUGAGAAUUUCAAUGUUCAUAUCAGAACACAAUAUUUCCUUUAGAACUUCAGACCAUCUCGUUCAAUUAAUCAAAUCUAUAGACUCAGAUGCGGUAAGUAAAAUAUCAUGUAAUAGAACUAAGGCUACUGCUAUUGUAAACAAUGUACUUGGUGCUUCAAGUUUUGAAAAUCUYAUUGACAAAAUAAGACAUCAAAAGUUUACAAUGUUGAUUGAUGAAUCAACUGACAAGUCAGCCUCAAAAAAUUUGGCUGUAGUCGUUCGUUUAUUAGAUUUCAAUAAUUAUAUUGUAAGAGAUCAAUAUUUAAGUUUGAUUGAAAUACGUGAUGGAAGCGCUCUUGGAAUAUACAAUGCUAUCAUAAAUUUUUUCAAUAAACACUCAGUGCCUUAUAAAAAUAAUCUUGUCGGGUUUGCUGCAGAUGGAGCCAGCACCAUGUUUGGAAGGCACCAUUCUGUCAAAACAUUGUUGAAAAAUGAUAUUCCUAAUUUGUACACUAUGAAAUGCAUUUGUCACUCACUAGCAUUAGUUGCUUCGUAUGCAACACAAAAAAUUCCUGAUGAAAUAGAAAAAACGCCUCAAAUUCAUAAACUAUACUCUAAAAUGUCUAUGACGUACAAAACUAUAUUGGAAUGUUACAUAAAACCUGAUUAUCUAAGAACUACUGAUCUAGAAAAAGUGCAGUACAGAGUACCUGAAAAUUUUGUAAAACCUGAAGACAUUUAUAUUGGAGGAAAAUGUAUGGCUCUAAUUAGAAACAAUUCUAUAUGUAAGUUAUCACAUACUGAAAAGUCUGUAUUCAUCAACAACUGCUUAAACUGGGUAAAAAUCGAAUGA